AUGGCUUCGGCUCUGAACAAACGCCAGCAGGCGCGCAACGAGCGCGCUCUCCAGGACCUGAUCAAGUCCGUCCCGGGCAACGACAGAUGCGCCGACUGCGGCGCGCGCAACCCAGGAUGGGCAAGCUGGAGUUUGGGCAUCUUCAUCUGCAUGCGGUGCGCAACCCUGCACCGCAAGCUUGGAACGCACAUUUCAAAGGUCAAAUCCUUGAGCAUGGAUAGCUGGAACAAUGAGCAAGUGGAUUACAUGAAGCGCACAGGAAACGUGAACUCCAACCGCGUGUACAAUCCCAACAACACAAAGGCCCAGAUACCGGUGGAUGUGGAUGAAGUGGAUGGUGCCAUGGAGCGAUUUAUACGACAAAAGUACGAGCACAAGGCUUUCUCAGGAGAAUCGCGACCAACCACGAGGCACAACACAGGAAGCACCAGCUCCGAAGACCGUCCCCCGCCACUACCGCCGAAACCCGGAAACCGCCUUGGCUUGAACUUGCGGAAGCCGUCUGCGCAGCUCGAUGCGGUCAGCCCUCCGAUAUCUCCAGGAUUGAGUGGCUUUGGGGAUGUGUCGCCGCCAAGAGUGAACAAGGCGUCAAGAGUGUUCGGCCACAACGUGCGGAGCGCUUCUGCAGACAGCUUUGAGAGCAAGCUUCAAACGCUAAAAGACAUGGGCUUUCCAGACGAGAGGCGCAACAACACGGUGCUUAAAGGCCUCAAUGGCAACCUAGAGAAGUCUGUGGAGACCUUGAUAAGACUAGGAGAAGGUGGCAGAGGUACCUCAAGAAGUGCAUCUGGAGCGGCGUCGCCUAAUCCAUCAAGCGGCGAAAAUGUAAACGGCGUCACGAUCGGCCGGGCAAGGCCGUCUGCGCCUGGUCAAUCCUACAACCCGUUCGAUAAUUUUGGUCCUGGUCAAACAGCACCGCAGCAACAACUUAUGCCCCUGCAGACGCAGCAGCCUCAAGCGAACGGCUACGGCGCCCCCCCGAAUCCUUACAAUCCGUUUUUUUCCAACUCGCAACCUAUGUCUGCUCACCCAGGAUUGGAUCAGUCUUUCCAAAACCUUCAACUCUCUCAACCGCAGCCGCAGCAGCCAGCGCCGCUAUUUCCGAACCACACUGGAGGUCCUGGAAACCCAAGCGUUGCGCAGCAGUCGUACAACAAUCCCUUCAUGCAAGCGUUCACACCCCCCCCGGUUCCACAAAUACCGUCGCAAUAUCAGACUCCCGCGCUAUACCCUCAACAGACAGGUUUCCAGCAACCCCAGCAAAGUAAUCCCUUCCUCAAGACCUCUCGCUCGCAAAUCUUUACGCCCAGCAACCCGUUCAACUCACAGAUGUCCGGCACGCCGACUUUUGGCCAGGCUUUCUCGCAGUCACAGGAACAGGGACAACAAUUUCUCCAGCAAGCUGUCGAGCCACGACAGAGCCACUCGUUCAGCGGCCCGAGUUCGGAAUACCAACAGCCGCAACAGCAGUUCCCAGCGCAAGGUCAAUACCAACCGACCCAGCAGCAAGAUGUUAGCCAAUUUGCGAACCCAUACCAACAGCAACAGCAACAGCAACAAUACCAACAGCAGCAAUUCCAACAGCAACAAUUCCAGCAGCAACAAUUCCAACAGCAACAAUACCCACAGCAACAGCAACAACAAUACCAAGUGCCGCGACGCGACAAAAACUCUAUAUUGGCACUUUACGGUCAGCCGCAUCUUGCCCCUCAGCCAACAGGUGCAUCGCAAGCAAAUGUGGCUGAGGGCCCCAACGGUGUGCCACAACGCAGCGUUACUAUGCCCGUUACCUCCGCUGCGAACGGGGAAGUGUCUGCGACUCCUGGGUCUCACAACCCCUUUGCCCCAGGUGGCGCUCAACCGGCUGGAGGUGCUGGGGGCACUGGUGGUGGCGGAAGGCACGUCAGCCAGGAGAGCGUCGAUUUCUCGGGGCUCAUGAGCGGGCGGCACAGCCCAGACGCGUUUGCUGGGCUCAGUUCGGGGUUCAGAUGA